AUGAAUUUUGAAGAAUCAUUAAAAUUAAUUUCAAUGCUACGUCAAAAUCAUCAGAAAGAAGAUGCUUUAGAUUAUUUUAAAAAUAUUAAUAUUUCUGUAUUACCUUUACAUAAUACAAAAGUUUUACUAAUUUAUGUUCAUUAUUUAUCAAACUUUGCUAUUUCAAUGUCCUUAAAUUUAAUCCCUUAUUUAAAAAAAAAAAGUUUAUGGAAAACUGUAAGAAACCUUCUUAAUAAAAUAUUUGAUACUCUUGAUAAUGUUGAGAAUUAUGAAGAAAAGUUUAAUAUUCUUCUUAUGAUUUGUAAUAUUUGUUCUUUUUACAAAGAAUUUGAUGAUGACUUACUUGUUGAAUCAUGUUAUGAGUAUGGGUAUAUGUUAAAAAGAGACAUUGAAAAUUCACAAAAUAAUAACUUAUACUCAAAACAACGAAAAAAUGAAUUAUUAGAAUAUUUUGACAAUAUUGAAUAUACAUUUAUUAUAAGAAAUCAAAAACAUGAUGAAAGUAAAAUUGAAUCAAUAGAAAAAAAUUCAAACAAUUUAACACUUUCAAAAAGUAAAACAUUAUCAUUUGGUGGAUUAAAAGAAGAUCCACCAUUAUGGAUAAAUGGGUCAAUUGACCAGGCAAUUGUACAAAAAAAAAUUCAUAACAAAAGAUUACUUAGAAGAAAUACCUUAAUAAAUGUUGAUAUGUUUAAUGAUCCAUCUGCUCCAGCUGUUCAAUUGAUAAAAAAAAGAGUUCAGGAGAUAGAAAAAGAUAUGGAUGAUUAUGAAACAACUUCAAAUAAUGAUAUUUCUUUUUAUGAUAAUAUUGAUCAAACAAAUGACAAUUUUUUAAUAAAUUACAAAGAUAUUGAUAUUAAAGAAUGUGUAAAUGAUAUGAUAAAUCAAAUUGUCAAACUUGAAGAUAAUCCUAACUUUUAUGAAGAUAACAAUAAUAUUAGUAACAAAAAAUCUUUUUUAUUACAAAAUUUUAGACAAAUGGCUAUUGACGAUUCAUCAAAUUGUUCAUCUCCCCAUGAAUUUUAUAAAACUGAUCUUCCAAUACUAUCUGAUUCAUUUAUUGAUACAUUGUCCAAAAAUGCUGCUUCUUCAAAAAGACGUUCAAAAGUUACUAUUUUACCAGAUACUUACCACAAAUAA